UGCCGUUGUGUGUGGAUGUGCGGAUGUGGGCUCGGCUUAUCCGAUUGUUCGGCUUUGGCGGUGAUUUCGUGCAAGCUCAAUCCAAUCACAAAACUCAAUAGACUUUCGCAGUGGAAUUAUUUACUAGAAUAUCGAUAAAACAUUGGUGCAAUCGUGAUCAAUAAUAGAGGUUUUACAAGAUUAACACGAAACUAUCGUUAUUAAAAAAAAAAAACAUUUUAAAGAGAGUUCUUUGGGCUAAUUUGGCGUCAACACAGUCUGGAUCAUAAUUUGUCUACCUUACUGCAGGAGCUUUUAGGACGGUUUCUUCUACCAACAGUUAAGGUAUGUAAGAAAAUCGCUUGAAUUGUGAACUUAGGCGGGCGCGCUACAGAGAUGAAGCGCAACACGGCGUUUGUGGCGCUGGUGUGGGCCGUUUGGACAGUCGCCUUUGUAUCAGCUGGCAAUUACUUGAAGAUGUUCGACGCUCAGCAUGCUCCUCAAGAUCCUUGCUACGACGACAUGGGUCAAAGACCCACCAAAUGCGUGCCUGACUUCAUCAACGCAGCGUUUGGCCGCACCGUGACAGCCAGCAGCACAUGCGGAGACCCUGUCACACGUUUCUGUUAUGACAGGCAGGAGAAGGGAGAUCUCAAACGUCAGUGUCAUGUGUGUGAUUCUAAAGACCCCGCACGUUCUCACCCUCCAUCUUACCUAACUGAUCUGAAUAAUCCUAACAACCUAACCUGUUGGCAUUCAGCACCCAUGUUGCCUGGGGAUAAUCAGAACGUCACGCUUACUUUGUCCUUGGGUAAAAAAUAUGAACUGACUUACGUGAACCUUCAAUUUUGUGGUGAUAAGCCAGAUAGUCUUUCCAUCCAUAAAAGUAUGGACUACGGAGCUACCUGGCAACCUUUCCAGUAUUACUCAUCGGAAUGCCUAUCGGUUUUCGACCGCCCACGACGCCUCAUGAUCGGCAAGGCCAACGAACAAGAACCUCUAUGCACAGAUGCUCACCUACAGCGGCAAGGACCUCUUGGCACCAGCUCCCGCAUAGCCUUCAGUACUCUGGAAGGGCGUCCUUCUGCCCACGUGCUGGAUGCGUCUCCGGUUCUCCAGGACUGGGUAACUGCCACGGACAUCCGAGUGAUGCUCCACAGGCCCCGCAGCGCGACCAUAUCUGAAAACGACAACUCAGCCCUAGGCGAUCCUUACCGCCGGGCUCCCUUCACAUACUCCGUGGCUGAUUUGUCUGUCGGUGGACGAUGCAAGUGCAACGGACAUGCCUCCCGCUGCGUGCCCGGCAAGAACGGCGAGCUGGCGUGUCAGUGCGCCCACAACACAGCGGGGCGUGAGUGCGAAAAGUGUAAACCUUUCCACUUCGACCGGCCCUGGGGCCGAGCUACUGACCGAGACGCGCAUCCUUGCGUUG